UAUAAAAACAAAGGUUUAACACAAAGCAACAUCAGAGCAAAAGAAAACAUAUAAAAAACGGAUUGAAACAAGAGUGUACGCGAAAGAAGAAAAAAAAGACUGUAUUCCAAAUAAUACGUAGAAAAACAUUGACUACAUUUACUUUGUGCGUUUCAGUCAAGCACAAACCAUUGGCCGUAAACAACGACCUGUGUACAAAGUGAAGAACGAAUAAAUGCACAAAGCGUGCGGACAAAUAAAAAUAUAAACAAAAAUACGUAAUAUAUCCAGUAAGUUCUCGUACAUUCGAUUGACGGAUAUUGAAUCAUCUGCUAAUAUUGAAAUUUGCAAUCGACCUAGAAUAGAACGUAUUAAAAUUUCAUUGAGUCAUUAAGAGCCGUUUUCGCCGAAAAUCGUUCAGAGUAAAUAAAGGGUAGCGCAACAAAAAAAAACAUGCCGUCUGAUUCAUUUUCCAGAAUGGAUUCGCGGACUUCGGAGUCCGAAUCGGUGAAUGGUGCUGAAAGUUUGCUUAGCACAUCGCCAGGUGCUGCAUCGACCAGUUCCCGGGAACGUUUAGAUAGCGACAGUUCAGAUCGACAAACGCGUUUCGUUUUACCCGGAUCGGCCGGUAGUCCGCCGAAGAUAUUAACCUUCGACGAAGUUCGUGAUGCCAUUAAAAAUGUCGAAGACAUGCAGCUGGCACAUGAAAUUGCCAUCAAUCCAGAUUUUAAACUGCAACCAUAUGAUCCGCCUGAAAGUAGCUUGGAAAAACGCAUAAAAUCGAUUAUGCACGAUUGCUUCUGGGAUCUAUUACGUUCACAAUUGAAUGCCGAUCCACCGCAAUAUGACCAUGCCAUUGCUUUGCUUGGCGACAUAAAAGAAGGUUUCACUCACAUCAUUUCGAAAAAUAAUCAAAAAGCAUUGGACCGCAUUUGCGAAGUACUCGACGAGAAAGUUAUUCGACAACAGGCCGAACAGGGUGUACUCGAUUUUAAAGCAUAUUCUGGCUUUAUCAUACAGCUAAUGGCCAAAUCGUGCGCACCGAUUCGCGAUGAGGAAGUGAUGAAAUUAAAUGAAAUCGAUGAUGUUGUGCUCGCUUUUCGGCGCAUUCUUGAAGUCAUGGAUCUUAUGAAAUUGGAUAUGGCUAAUUGUAUUCUCGAUGCGGCCCGCCGUGAAAUUGUCGGCUCAUCUGUCGAAUAUGAAAAACAUAAAUUUAACGAAUUUCUCAAGGCUUAUCCGGGUGGUUUUCCAGAGACCGAAGCCUGGUUGCUUCGUAACAAAUGUAUUGAUGUAAAUGAACGCCAUGCAAAAGCAAUCACCUUAAUCAAUGCCUAUAUCGAGUUCCUUGAUUGGAAUCCAGAGAAUGAGUAUCCGGAAAUAAUGUCAAUGGAUUUGGAUCGAUUGCAAGAGCUUGCUGGUCGAGCAACUCGGUUGUGUUGUAUUGCAUCUGUUGUUGCAAUUGCUUCAUCGGUUCCCAUCAUCGGUCAACAGACCCAGAAUCGCUUAGGUCUCCUCCAGCAAGUACAAAUCCUCAUGGAAAAUGUCCAGAACAACAAUGAUAUUGCCGAUGGCAUUGAGAAUGUUUGGUUGCAAGUAAAAUCGGUGAUUUUGUCAAAAAUGCAAGAAAAAGAUCAAAUUUUAUCGGCCGAAAGUGAGAAUACGUUGAAAGAGCAAAUUCUAUCGUUAUCAAAUAAGAAGGCACCAGUCCGUGAAUUGAUGUGGCGACGCCUUAUUGCAUACGUACGAUUAGUGAAAACAAAUAAAAAUGUACCACCAGUACCACCGGGCUACACCGAUCUCAGUGACGAUCUACAGACAUUGGCGCUCAAAUUUAAGCGAUUAACGGCUUACAAUUACUCAGUUUUUGGUGAACAUUGCGAAAAAUUAUUGGAUGAUUUAAUAAAAUCGAGCACCACCGCCACCACCGCAGCAGCUGAAUCACAGGCCGAAGCAACUACUACAUCGACAAAUGAACCGGCUGAAAAAUCGGACGCGAGCACUUGAACUGCGGAUGAUUUUCUGUGCGACAGUUGUAAAUGUGUCAACGGCAAUCUCACCACCCACUGACCUGUUUUCCUUUUUGGGUCGACACAGAUUUGUUCAAGUAUAACAUCAUUUCCUUUUUUUUCGAGGACGUAGACGUAGACGAUUUGUUUGGGCUGAUCUGAGAGUAUUUUGAAAUAUCUUCCAUUUUGGAUUCUAUUUUAAUUGUAUUUUCUUAGGAAGUGUUUUUGAAACAUUUUUAAUUGUUUAUCAUUAGUUUUUUCCGGCUCUUUUUUGAUGUGAAUUUUUUUCACCAAUAUGAAGUGAAUUUAUUUUGUCAAUAUUUGUAUAUCAUUUGGAUUCCAAAAUUAUAAUCAUUCUCCAAAAACCUAAUCGCAUAAAAUGUAUUUUCUAAUAAAUUAAUUAUCGAAAGAAUUUGAAUAGCAAUUACAUUUACGAACUAAUUAAGCCGUAGACGGAAUGAAGCGUGAAUUUUAGUUCAUGGAAUUGAACAUGUGUUAGAUGUGAAUUAAGUGAUAUUGUAGACGAGAGCGUGAACAAUUGAUGUUUAUUAGAUGAACAAAUAUGAAAUAUACAUAUAUCGAUUAUUUUAACAAUAUAUAAAA